CUCUUUGGGUUUCACCAUGUUUACACGCGUGGUCAAGUCCACGGCGGCACGCAGCGCCAGCCGCCAGCUGCAUACCAGCCUUCGUCGCGCUCGCGCUACGGAACAGGUGUCCUCGGCCUACCCCAUUGUGGACCAUGAGUUUGAUGCCGUUGUCGUUGGUGCCGGUGGCGCGGGUCUCCGUGCCGCCUUUGGCCUGACGGAGAAGGGCUUCAAGACGGCUUGCAUCACCAAGCUCUUCCCCACUCGUUCCCACACGGUGGCUGCCCAGGGCGGCAUCAACGCCGCGCUUGGUAACAUGGAGAAUGACGAUUGGCGUUGGCAUUUUUACGACACGGUCAAGGGUUCCGACUGGCUCGGUGAUCAGGACGCCAUUCACUACAUGUCCAAGGAGGCGCCCAACACCGUCAUUGAGCUCGAGAACUAUGGCAUGCCCUUCUCCCGUACCGAGGACGGUCGUAUCUACCAACGCGCCUUCGGUGCUCAGUCAUUGGACUAUGGCCGUGGCGGCCAGGCCCAUCGUUGCUGCGCCGUUGCUGACCGUACCGGCCACAGUCUUUUGCACACCCUCUAUGGCCAGAGCCUGCGCUAUGACACCGCCUACUUUAUCGAGUACUUCGCCCUGGACCUCAUCAUGAAUGACGAGGGCGAGUGCGUCGGUGUCCUUGCCAUGUGCCAGGAGGACGGUACCCUCCAUCGCUUCCACUGCAAGAACACGGUUCUGGCCACCGGUGGCUUUGGCCGCUGCUACUUCUCCGCCACCUCGGCGCAUGCCUGCACUGGUGACGGUAAUGCCAUGGUCGCCCGCGCUGGUCUCCACAACUCGGACCUGGAGUUUGUUCAGUUCCACCCCACUGGCAUCUACGGUGCCGGCUGCCUCAUCACCGAGGGUUGCCGUGGCGAAGGUGGUAUCCUUCUCAACUCCGAGGGCGAGCGCUACAUGGAGCGCUACGCCCCCACCGCCAAGGAUCUGGCCUCGCGUGAUGUCGUCUCUCGUUCCUCCACCAUUGAGAUUCGUGAAGGCCGUGGCUGCGGCCCCGACAAGGACCACGUUUACCUGCAGCUCUCGCACCUCCCCGCCGAGGUCCUUCAAGAGCGUUUGCCCGGCAUCAGCGAGACAGCCGCCAUUUUUGCCGGCGUUGACGUUACCAAGGAACCCAUCCCCGUCCUGCCCACCGUCCACUACAACAUGGGUGGCGUGCCCACCAACUGGCGUGGUCAAGUCAUCACGAACAAGAAUGGCCAGGAGCAAGUUGUCCCCGGUCUCUACGCUGCCGGCGAGGUCGCCUGCGCCUCAGUUCAUGGCGCCAACCGCCUCGGUGCCAACUCUCUGCUGGAUAUCGUCGUCUUUGGCCGUGCCUGCGCCAACACCAUCUCCGAGAUUAACAAGCCCGGCGAGAAGCUGAGCCCUCUUCCUGCCAACGCCGGUGAAGCCUCCAUCGCUCGUCUCGAUGCCACGCGCUUUGCUGACGGUCGCUCUUCAGUUGCCGAUCUCCGUCUCCAAAUGCAAAAGACCAUGCAAACCCAUGCCGCCGUGUUCCGUGAUGGCCCCACCCUCAAGGAGGGCGUUCAGAAGAUGGAGGACCUGUACUCUGUCGUGCAGAGCGACAUGAAGCUCUUCGACCGUGGCCUUGUUUUCAACACCGACCUUAUCGAGGCUCUUGAGCUGCAGAAUCUGAUGCUUUGCGCCACGCAAACCAUUGUCUCAGCAGAGGCUCGCAAGGAGAGCCGUGGUGCUCACGCUCGCGAGGACUUCCCCAACCGUGAGGACGAGUUUGACUACAGCAAGCCCCUGGAAGGUCAAAAGGAGCGUUCUUUUGAGCAACACUGGCGCAAGCACACCCUGUCGACCAUUGACGAAAAGACGGGCGCCGUCAACCUCUCGUACCGCCCCGUCAUUGACCACACUCUCGACAAGGAGGAGGUCACCACGGUACCCCCGGUUAUCCGCAAGUACUAAGUGUCCAUGACAACGGACGGCGCCCGUGCGUUUCCCUGCUCCGCCCAACAUACAUUCCUUCCUGCGCGAGCGUAGGGGAGCUGUUUUGGGGACUCAGUCCCUGUCUUGGCGGCAGUGCUCGUUCCUUUUGGUUUUCAUGUCCUCCGUUGCCAUUUCCGUUUGUUUGUAUUUCUCUCGUCUUCCUGCCCCACCUUUCCGCACCAUCAUGCGUGCGUUCUUUGUUUUUUUUUUUUUCCGGGUUUUUUUCUGUUUUUUUUUUGGUUUGUUUUCUGAUGCUUUUCGCGCCACACUGCCUUGAAGGGUAGUGUGCAGCGCCAAGAUGAGCCAAACAAGAAAAGAAAAAGCAAAGUCCACUCACGACAGCCUCCACAGUUUCCUCCUUUAUCCCAAUCGAAUAUUUUCCUCUG